CUCAAUUCGCCUCAUCUUGUCAAACCCAAAUGGGGUAUUUUCCACCACGUCAACGAACACUACAAUCUGACGUUUCACAAAAAAUACUCCGCUAUUUGUAUUUUCGCCUUUUGCUCGCGCAGCAGUCGACGGCGAAUUUUCCAAUUGUCAACAAGUGAGUUCUGAAUUUUCUCGUGUACAAGACUUAUUUUUUGUUUUACUUGAGGAAAAUCCAAAAUAAAAGAAAAAUAAUAUACUAACUGAAAAUAAACCCAAUAAUAAAUAUAGACGUGUGUUUUCUUGCCUUCCAAAUAUAUGCCUUCACUUUUAUUUGGCUAAUCAAUUCUUGGCCGCCGCGGAGAAGAAUAUGAUUUGAUCUCCAAGAAGAAGAAAUUCAAAAACGAAUCCUAAAAUAAGAUUUUGUCAAAUUUUGUCAUAGUAUUUUGAAUAAAUAAAAAUAAUUUAUAGAAAUUUAUAGAAAUAAUAUACAGUUCGCAAUUUUGUGGUUCUCGAAGUGUGUCUCUUUAUUCUAUCAUCUAUCUUGUCGUGUUGUGUAAAGUUUGAUUGGGAUUUAAGUUUUUCGAAGCCGGUUCCAUCAACGCGCGCGUUGUGUCCUUUUUUGGGAUUUAAAGAAAUUCCUGUCCGACGACAAUCUGCACAGACACUACUCCUCCUUAAAUGGAUGAUGAGCUUGAGGACAAGGUCUUUUACCAAACAUACGUGUCCCACAUGAAGAUUCUGUCCAAGUUUGCCGUCGGUCUCUCUUCCAUCAACUCCCCGCUGGCUUACGUGUGGAAACUAUGCCGCCUCUAUGUCCUUCGUCCGGAAGUGAUAUUCUGUGGCAUCAUACUUUUCAUAUUUCUUGUUUAUUUGCAAGCGGUUGACGUAUGGGGCCGUGGGCUGCUCGGACGACUUCAGGCCACUCUGGGCCGGCAGAAGGCCAAUCGGAUGAAACUCAUCGAUGGAUCUGGUUCGGCAGACCAUCAAUGCUGGGAAGAGGUGCAGCAACAGAGCUCUGCAUUCGCCAUACUCGGUCGAAGGCCUCGCAUGGAAGACAGAUUUAUCAUUGAGGAAAAUGUAAACAACGAUACGGGAAUAUCAUUUUUCGCAGUCUUUGAUGGUCAUGGUGGUGAAUUUGCUGCUGAUUUUGCUAAAGAUAUUUUAGUGAAGAAUAUUUAUCAUAAAAUCACUGAAACAGCUGCACUUUUAAAAGGUGGUGGCGCAGGAUCUGUGGGAGAUCAACUUACAGUAAAUAAUGGCAACAAUACAAGUGACUAUGAAAAUAGCCCUUAUUUGAAAAGAAAGUCAAGUCGAAAGGAUGAAAAUAAUAAAGAAAACGACACAUCAGCUUCGGUACGUCGAAGAGAUAGUCUGAGGAAAUCACUAAGUACCACAGAUGACUGCUCGUCGCCAAAGCAAAAUAACACCCAACCAACAGAUGUAUUUACAUCGAAACUAAACUCCUUGAUUCGUCCAUUGGGAGGCAAAGACAACCUCUUUAACAUCAGCAAUAAUUCGAACAAUUCUGGAAGCAAACCAGCUCCGCCAACCAGUUUCGAUGCAAAGUGUUACAUUGAAAAUGGUAAAAUCAAUUUCGGUAAAAUGAUCACCGACGAGGUACUCGCGGCUGAUUACAAACUUGUAGAAGCAGCUAAGAAAUCGACAAAUAUCGCUGGAACAACAGCACUGAUUGCCAUAAUCCAGGGCACCAGACUGAUUGUUGCAAAUGUGGGCGAUUCCCGAGGUGUGAUGUGUGAUUCACGAGGUGUGGCGAUACCACUGUCUUUCGAUCAUAAACCGCAACAGGUUCGAGAAAGGAAACGAAUACACGAUGCUGGUGGAUUUAUUGCAUUCAGAGGUGUGUGGCGAGUUGCUGGUAUUUUAGCCACAUCACGAGCGUUGGGUGAUUAUCCGUUAAAAGACAAAAAUCUAGUCAUAGCAAAUCCAGAUAUACUAACAUUCGAAUUAAACGAUCAUAAACCAAUAUUUUUAAUUCUUGCCUCAGAUGGCCUUUGGGAUACAUUCUCGAAUGAAGAGGCUGUCGCUUAUAUAAAAGAGCAUAUCCACGAAUCCGAUUAUGGAGCAAAGAGUCUAGCCAUGCAGUCAUAUUAUCGUGGCUCAGUAGAUAAUAUAACAGUCCUAGUUAUUCUAUUUAGGAAUGGCGUUUAUAAAAUAGGAAGUAAUGCGGGGUCGCCUGUAAUCUCAUCACCAACAAAUUCAGGAUCGUCAUCGUUAAAUAAAAAUACACCAAGCUCAAAAUAAUUAACAUAGGAUUGUUAAAUUAUUUAUUCAUAUUUAACAAACAAACAAAAAAAUAACACAUCCAUCUUUUAAAAUUUGUAUUUGUUUUGUUUUUUUUUAUUUUAUUUUAAAUUAUUAUUAUUUUUGUUAUGUUAUAACUAUUUAAGGACUAAAUUAUUAUUAUUAUUAUAUAAAAAACAAACAAAAAAACAAAAGCGAAUUAUAAACAAAAGCAUGCAGCGAGAUACGAAACAAUAUUCAGGCUUAGGAUGCAUAAAGUAAAUGUUUAAGUAUAUAAAUAAAACAAACAGAAAAGAAUUGAUAUGGAAACAAAUGAGUGUUUUCUUAUUUUUAAUAAAUUUUUGCAUUAAUUAAAUAAAUAAAUAAUUACACUAUAAAUUAUUAAAUCGAA